AUGUCGGACUCCAAGGAUAAGGGCAAGGCUCCUAAGCCUCAUGAUGAUAAACCUGAAGAGAGCGGCGCCGACGCAGGCUCAGAGGCUAGCAAGGGUACCCAGUCUCCGCCCUAUGGCCAUACCAGAACCUUUGCUGAAUUUAUGAAUGAUGAUAUAGCUACCUCCUCCAGCGGCACUACGAAGAAAAUCCCCGCGAAGCUCCUGGAGGCAGUCAUCGAGUCGAACCCGUCUCUGAAGAACGAACUCGCUGGCAUGGACCAGGAUGAGGCUGCGAAGACGCUCGCUAACAUCGACAUCUCGCAAUUGCUGACUGGCCUUUCGAUGGGCAAUGGGAAGAACCAGAAGGAUAUGGCCUCUUACAAGUUCUGGCAGACACAGCCCGUUCCGCGUUUCGAUGAUCAAGCGAACCCGACCCCCGUUACUCAAGGACCGAUCAAGAUGAUUGACCCGGAGAAAGUCUCGAAAACGCCCGAUCCGCUACUUGAAGGCUUUGAGUGGUGCACACUUGAUUUAACAAACGAGGAGGAGCUCCGGGAACUCUACGAGUUGCUGAAUAACCACUAUGUGGAGGAUGAUAAUGCCAUGUUCCGAUUCGCCUACUCGCAGUCGUUCUUGCACUGGGCCCUGAUGUCCCCUGGCUGGAAGAAGGAAUGGCACGUCGGUGUCCGGGCGACCAAGUCUCGUAAAUUGGUUGCGUCGAUCUGCGGUGUCCCGACGGAAAUCCGUGUCCGCGGAGAGCGGAUCAAGGUGACCGAAAUUAACUUCCUUUGCAUCCACAAGAAGCUCCGCUCCAAGCGGUUGGCUCCCGUUCUCAUCAAGGAGAUUACUCGUCGCUGCUAUGUCAACGGCAUCUUCCAGGCUAUCUACACCGGUGGUGUCAUCCUCCCCACCCCCGUCAGCUCCUGCCGGUACUACCAUCGUGCUCUGGACUGGCUGAAGCUGUAUGAGGUAGGCUUCUCGCCUCUUCCUCAUGGCUCGACCAAGGCCCGCCAGAUCACCAAGAACCAUCUUCCUUCGACUACCUCGACUCCCGGCCUGCGGCCAAUGGAGUCCAAAGACAUUGAUGCGGUCCUCGAUCUUCUGGAGCGGUAUCUGCUCCGCUUCGACAUGAACCAAGCUUUUACCCGCGAAGAGAUUGACCAUUGGCUGGUAUACAAGCCUCAGCCUGGUAAGGAGCAGGUCGUCUGGGCAUAUGUGGUGGAGGACCCGGAAACCAAGAAGAUCACUGAUUUCGUCUCCUUCUACAACCUGGAGUCGACUGUGAUUAAUAACGACAAGCACGAGCUUGUUCGGGCCGCUUACCUUUACUACUACGCCUCCGAGACCGCUUUCAAUGACAACGCGAAGGCGCUCAAGGCACGCCUCCAGGUGCUGAUGAAUGAUGCGCUGAUUUGCGCCCGUCAGGCCAAGUUCGAUGUCUUCAAUGCACUUACCUCCCACGACAACCCCAUGUUCCUUGAGCAUCUCAAGUUCGGUGCUGGUGAUGGUCAACUUCACUUCUACCUGUAUAACUACCGCACGGCCGCCAUCCCCGGAGGUAUCAACGACAAGAAUCUGCCCGAUGAGAAGAAGAUGGGUGGUGUGGGAAUUGUUAUGCUGUAG